AUGAAUCUUCCCGAACUACCAUCUCCCAUCCAUUUCCCAUACGCCCUCUCCGCCCUCCCAGAAACCCUCGACACCCAAUGGGACUCCCCAUCCUUCCUCCCGUACCGCUCCGCCUUCCCACUCCAACACGCCUCCACCCCUGAAGCACUAAUCUCCCAUGUCCGCGAUCUUAUGGCUCAAGAUCUCAAGAUCCCAUAUCUCAAAUCUCUCCAGGGAUAUCUCUGGCUCCGUGGCUACGAAUCAGGCGAGCUCAGAUGUCCACUUUUUCCAGAUGUAUAUCCGGCAAUGAAGAAGUGGGAAGAGGAUGGAGCGAAGAUUUGUAUCUACAGUAGUGGGAGUGUGGCGGCGCAGAAACUUUUGUGGAGGUAUACAACCGAAGGAGAUUUGAGAGGGCUGAUUUGGAAUGGGGUUCAUGGGGAUGAUGCGGUGGAGACAGAAGGUGGGUAUUGGGAUACGGUUAAUGCAGGGUUAAAACAGAAUAAGGAGAGUUAUGAGAAAAUCGCGAAGGCGAAUAGGGCUUUAGGAGAGGUGGGUGAAUGGCUCUUUUUAAGUGAUAAUGUUAAGGAGGUGAUGGCUGCGAAGGAGGGGGGAAUGAAGAGUUUGGUGGUGGUCAGAGAGGGUAAUGCGGUGAUUAGUGCGGAGGAGAGUUGGGGACAAGUACUGGUGGAAAGUUUUGGGGAGGUGGAGAGAUGGGUUGAGGUCGUGGGUGGUGAUGGAGGGUUGCGACAGAGACGAUGA